GCCGGCCCAGGGGCGUCACUGCGUUGCGUCUGACGUCACGGCGGCGCGCGCCAGGGCCAAGAUCCGAUCCGCUGAAGUAGCGGGAGCUGGGAGCCGCAGCAGCUGGAGCCGGAGCUGGAUCCCAGAGUUGGAGCCGGAGCGGGAGCAGGGUUCAGGCCUUACGGCGCGAAUGGCGACAGUGGCGGCCAUGGUAGAGGGUGCGGCCUGCGGAGCCCCAGGAGCGGAGUUGUCAAUGGCCUGGAGUACCGUGAGCACCGGGCUGGUGCCGCCCGCCGCGCUGGGGCUGGCAGCUUCCAGGUCAAGUGGAGCAGUGAGUUUGAAAGAAGAAGAACUUCAGGCUGCUGUGGAGGUGCUGAAAUGCUAUGAGCUGCACUCAGUCCUGGAGGAAUGGUUCACAGAAGUGCUCCAGACUGACCUUCAGUCUAACAUAGCCCCUGAGUUUUGGAAUGCCAUUGCUCAGUAUGAGAACACUGCUGAAGAACCCCAGUGCAUCCUGCUCCUCCUAGAAGCUUUUGGCUUGCUCAAGUGUCGACUGGACCCCUACCUCAACAGCCUGGAUCUUCUGGAGAAGUGGACGCAAAUGGGCUUGUUGCUGGGGACUGGCUCCCAGGGUCUUAGGGAGAAAGUCUAUACCAUGUUUAGAGCCAUCUUGUUCUUCUCCACCACAAAGACCUUUCAGGAGAUGAUCCAACAAUUCUAUGGGCGUACCUUUAAAAUCUACAUGCACCAGCAGAAGAAGAAGAAAGGGGAUGAAGGGAUGAGUGAAAGUGGCAUGAGUGAGCCAGAGCUGGACCAAGGUGACCUGGAAGAGAAUGGGUCCCCAGAGGGCCCAGAGUGCCCAGGCUGCAACAGUGCUAAGGAACUGUGCUGGUGCUCAUUGGCUUUGGAACAAUUCCAACAGCUUAGUGAGAUACUGCACAGGCUAAACUUGCUGGAGAGAGUUAGUGCUGAUGCUGUUACAACCAUCCUCCACCGGAUGAUUGAGGAAAGAAUGGAACGUCGUUGUCGGGGAGAAUAUGAAAGGUCUUUCCUGAAUGAAUUUCAGGAGUGGAUAGAGAAGGUAAUUGGCUGGCUCAGCAAAGUCUUCCUACAGGAUAACCCUAUAGGGCCCACAGCCCCUGAAGCUAGCAGUACCCUGCGACGUUGGCGCUGCCAUGUUCAGAGGUUUUUUUACCGAAUCUAUGCCAGUAUGCGAAUUGAAGAACUCUUCAGCAUCAUCCGUGAUUUUCCAGAGUCCAAACCAGCAAUUGAAGAUUUGAAAUAUUGUCUGGAAAGGACCAACCAGAGACAGCAACUGCUCAGCUCCCUUAAAGCAGCUCUUGAAACUCGACUCCUUCACCCAGGGGUAAAUACAUCAGAUAUCAUCACCCUCUAUAUCUCAGCCAUCAAAGCCCUUCGGGAGCUGGACUCCUCCAUGGUCAUCCUAGAAGUUGCUUGUGAACCUAUACGACGCUAUCUAAGGACACGGGAAGACACUGUGAGGCAGAUUGUAGCUGGGCUGACUGGUGAUGCUGAGGGUUCUGGGGACUUGGCUCACGAGCUCUCCAAGGCUGACCCGGUGACGCUGGAAAAUGGCCAGGAGAGUGAUGAUGACAUCUGUGAGCCGGAGGACUGGGUGCCAGACCCAGUGGAUGCAGAUCCAGGGAAGUCAAGCUCGAAACGACGUUCCUCAGACAUCAUCAGCCUGCUGGUCAGUAUCUAUGGCAGCAAAGACCUCUUUAUCAAUGAGUACCGUACACUACUUGCUGACCGCCUUCUCCAUCAGUUCAAUUACAGCGCUGAGAGGGAAAUCCGUAAUGUGGAAUUGCUGAAGCUCCGUUUUGGUGAGGCCCAGAUGCACUACUGUGAGGUCAUGCUGAAGGACAUGGCAGACUCUCGGCGCAUCAAUGCCAACAUCCGUGAUGAGGAAGAGAGGCUGCCUGAGGAAGAGCGACCCCCAUUCAGCCUCAUUGCUGUCAUCCUGUCCAGUGAGUUCUGGCCAACCCUUAAGGAGGAGAAGCUGGAGCUCCCAGAACAGAUCAAAGAGGCAAUGGAGGCCUAUUCCAAGAGAUAUGAGAAGCUGAAGGCUAUGAGGACCCUAAGCUGGAAGCACCACCUAGGCCUGGUGACUCUAGACGUGGAGCUGGCUGAUCGUACCCUUUCCUUGUCAGUGUCUCCUGUACAUGCUGCUGUCCUCUUGCAUUUCCAGAGCAAAAGCAGCUGGUCCCUGGAGGAGCUGAGCGAGGUGCUAAAGGUGCCAGUGGCCUCCUUGCGGCGCAAGAUGGCUCUGUGGCUGCAGCAGGGGGUGCUGCGUGAAGAGCCCCCAGGCACCUUCUCGGUGAUAGAGGAAGAGCAGCCCAGGGACCGGGCAGACAAGGUAGUGCUGCUCGACAGCGACGAGGAAGGUGACUCAGCCAUGGCCUCACAGGCUGACCAAAAGGAAGAGGAGCUGCAGCUGUUCUGGACAUACAUCCAGGCCAUGCUGACCAACUUGGAGAGCUUGUCUCUGGAGCGCAUCCACAGCAUGCUUAAAAUGUUUGUCAUGACGGGCCCGGUGGUGACUGAGAUAGAUCUGCAGGAGUUGCAAGGAUUUUUGCAGAAGAAAGUUCGAGACCAACAACUUAUUUAUUCUGGGGGUGUCUACCGCCUUCCCAAGAGCUGCAGCUGACAAGAGGCAGGGCAAUCGAUUGCUUGGACCUCUUACCCCGAGAACUAUUGGCUCUCUCCGUUACUUCUGAUGACAUCAUGGUUCUUAGAUGAUGUUUGUAUGUUAUCCCCACCCCUGUCCCUUCUAAUUACAAUGCAGUUCAUUCACCCUUAUAAAGGAUGUUCAUAAUCUUUGACCACUGAUUAAUUGGGGAAAGGCUCUUAUUCUUAUAAAUUGGAAUCAGUUCCAAUUUAGCAAUCAGUUCUUUAUCUAUCUUGGAAAUGAGUCCUUUAUCAGAGAAACCUGUUAGGAAGUUGGGGUUUUUUUGUCCAUUUAACUGUCCUUCUAAUCUUAGCCAUAUUGCAUUUGUUUGUGCAAAAACUUGAAAAUUUUACAUAUUUCCCUCCAUCCCAUUCUUUUCUCUGCUCUCCACCCCUCUUUACAUAGAAAAAGAAGGGCAUUGAAUAGGUAUGUGUUCAGUAUUUAUGCUCUGGACUUAAUGCAAACAGCUUCCCCUUCCUGGCUGUUUUCUCUUCCCCUCACCCAGACCUAAAUGCACUUUUUUUUCCCUUUUAAACUCCGCUUCACAGUUUCUUCUCUGAACUUAGGGUUUGAGUUGCUUAUAAUCCUUCCCUUUGUUAUGUCUUUCUUGUUCUUCCCCUUCUCCCGAUCUCCUUCUAUUUCCCUGUUGAGUUGAAUGUAUUUGUUCAUCAAACUGUGUUUGUGUGUGUGUGUGUGUGUGUGUGUGUGUGUGUGUUUUCCACCCUUCUUCCACCAGUUUAAAUGUAAUUGAGGUUCAAAUUACUCUCAUUCUACCACCCCUUCCUUGUUUAUUUAUAGAUUAUAGACUUGUGUUCCCAGUUAGAUGAGAGAUUAAGUACCCCCUCAUCCUUCUCUUCCUUUUCUCUGUCCUUUCCUCCAUUUUCUUCUUUUAAGAAAAUAUAAUAAAAAGCACUGCCAGACCCUCCAUCCUAUUUGCCUCCCUCUAUUACUUCUGACAUUAUAGUUCUUAGGAGAUGUUUAUAUAUCAUUCCCACCCUACCUCCCUUCCCAUUAGAAUGCAAUUAGUUUAUCUUUACAAAGUCUUUUCUGAUUACUCACUGGUAUUUAUUAUCUGUUUAUGUUUUUCUUUUCCAAUUUCAAGGUUUCUACUUUGUUCUAGUAUCUUUAUCAGGAAUACUUGAAAGUUCAUUUCAUUAAAGAUCCUCUUUUUUUCAACCCCUUUUAAGAUUAUACUCAGUUUUGCUGGGUAAGUUAUUAUUGGUUUUAAACCUAUAUGUUUUAUGUAUGGGAAUAAUAUAUUCAGUGCUCUUCACUCCAUUAUAACGGUAGCUACUAAACUUGUGUGAUGCCGAUUAUGGUUUCUUAGUACUUGAAUUCUUUCUUUUUGAUAACUUGUAUUUUUUUUCUUUGACUUGGAAACUGAAUUUUGGACAUCAUCUUUUCAUUUUGGGAUUUCUUUCAUGAGAUGACUCACUGGAUUCUAUUUUUACUUUGCUCUUUGAUUCUGAGAGAUCUGGGCUAUUUUCUUUCAUGAUUUCUUAAAAUAUGUUAUCUAAGGAGGCAACUAGGUAGCGCAGUGGAUA